CCUUUCUCAUGGAAGGUCCGUGCUUUUUAUGUAUGCAUCUCUAACACAUACGCAUUCGUAGCGGAUACAUGAAGAGUGUAAUAUUAAAAGGAAGAAAAGUUUGAUAAACAAGCAGGAAUUAAGGGCCGAUGAAGUACCAACGGUUAUUCGUAAAUUGAAAUAUUUACCGGAACGUCAGUUGUUUAGCAAUUAACCAAACGUGCGAUGAUCUGCAUUUUUGAAAAUAACCCGUAGCAGAAGACGGUUGAGAUGAUAAAACCGUUGGUCGAAUGUUGAUGCAUUAAGAGCAGCAGCUUCCGUUGAACGGACGGCUGGCUGGCCGUUGAACGAAACUCAUCCUAACCUAACCGAUUGGAUAUAAGGAAGAGCGUCCUUAUUGAACAUAUAUUCGGUGAAAGAUCGUUGAUACUUAUUUCAAAUAUCUCACUCCGCAUUCACCUUACGCCGAGAAAAAUACAUCAUCGAGGAUACGAUGCUGUAAAGACACUGAAGAGCAAAACCUAGAGAAAACCAUGGAUCCUGCCACGGUGAUUGCUCUCUGUAAGGAGAACAUUCAACCGUUACGCCACGGAAGAAAUGCUACGCAAUUAGGAACAGCACUACGUGCUCAGGAAGAUUCUGAUGCGCAGCAGAUGCUGCAACAAGAGAAACACAUGUAUGAAGAGGCUAUUAAAAAUUACCAAGGUGAAGACCCACUGGAAAAUUGGUACGAUUAUAUCCUAUGGGUAGAACAAAGUUUCCCAAGAAGUGGCCAUGAUUCCCAUAUUGGGAGGCUAUUACAGCAAUGUCUAGCAACUUUCGAGAAGGAAACCAAAUAUCAUCAAGAUCGUAGAUUUAUAAGAUUGUGGAUUAAUUAUAUAAGUAUGCAAAAAAAUCCCCUUGAACUUUACCAACUUUUACACCACAACGGAAUUGGUACUAUGGUCGCAGACAUGUACAGAGCCUGGGCUUUCGAGUUUGAGCAAAAUGAGGAUUAUAAAAGAGCAGACGAAAUUUAUUCCAUGGGAGUCGCUGCGCAUGCUCAGCCGUACGAAGAACUGACUUGUGCUCAAACAAAUUUUCAACUUGCUGUGGCUCGCAAGAUGCUUGGACAUCGUGAUGAACGAGGAGCUGUUGCAUUAGCUGAGCAACGUCAGGCAUUCAGCUCUCUGCGAGCCAUUAGGGGGGGCAAGAAAGUUGGCAGCAUUAGAACUGGACAGAGAGUCCGUGAUUAUUUACCAGGUUCUCUACCGCAGGUCUACAAUCCCAGCGAACUAUCCAGAGAAAAUGCCAGGAUCCAGAUAUACCAGGACGAUCUACCCGGAACUGAGCAUAAAGGUUCUAGCAUUCUGGAUCAUGUGCCAAUAGAGGAAAGUGUGCAUAAAGAGAAUUCUAUAAAACCUGGACCCUGGAGUAGUGCGUCUAAAAGAGGCCCAUUGAUACCUUCGACAAUCAAAACAUCUUUCAAAGUUCACGAGGAUCACCCAAGUGAAAAUGACAUGGAUAAAUUGCGACUAUUUCCGAAUCACACGCCAUUCUUUGAUGGAAGCAAGUACCACGAACAUUUACAUGUACCUGUUUUUGUCCCAGACCCGCCAAGUUCGGAGAUUAUACGUAAGGUGCAUUAUCCCAAAGACCUAGUGUACGCAGACAACGUGGAUUUAAGUAUGGAGGAAAUCAGGGCGCAAAAAUACAUGAAGAGAGCGAAGCAGAGCUUAUCCAAGAGCAAUCCAAAAGGGGAGUGUGAAAUAGGCGAUCAGAGAUAUGAAAUGGUACAAAAUAAUCAUCGGGAAAGCGAUGAAAAUAGGAAACGAUUAACUGAAGAAUUGUCAAGGUUAGAGAGGCAGAGGCAAGAAGCAGAGCAGCUUGAGCUGGAGCAGCAACGACAUAUUCAGCAGCAAAGGAGAGAGGCUGAACAAAGGGCACUGGAGAGACAGAGAGAACUGGAGAGGCAAAGGUUCGAGGCAGAGCAGCGGGAACUAGAAAGACGGCGGUUGGAGGCAGAGAGGAUAGAAGCUGAGAGAAUAGAGGCUGAGAGAAUGGAAGCGGAGAGAAUGGAAGCCGAAUUAAACAGGCAGCAGAAAAUCCACAGCUCGCGUUAUAUGAAUCAGCAUCAUAGGGCUGCGGUGCAAAAUAACGCUGUCGAACAUUUGCUGGGGCAAAGUAUAACUGUAAAUACAAAAGAGGCGAUGUCCGUUGUGCAGGACCUCUGGCAUUCACCUGAUCAAAACGCCAGUUCUGUUUCUAUGCCUGGAAACGGAAUUAAUCAUGGUUUAGUAGAACCGAGAGGUAAACUUGUGUUUGACAUACACAUGGACAGCUCCAUGACUCAACAUGCGAUUACUGGGAACAAACACCAUCAGCAGUACAAUAUGCAGCCAUACAGUGACCAAGAAAAUCAUCAACACUACCCGCCCACAUAUACGAGUCCUGAACAUCAAUCACCUUACGGGAACCACGCUUAUAAUGCCUACCAUUACCAAAUGCAGCCGCAUCAUCAACCGCAUGUCCAGCAUCAGGCACAUAUUCAACCACCACACAUGCAGCAACAUGUUCAACCCCAGCAACAUCAUCAACAGCAACAACCCCAGCACCAUCAUCAUCAACAGCACCAUCAACAACACAGUAUUUCUACGCAGCAGCAGCAACAGCAACAUCAUCCCUCAACUCACAUGCAACAUCAGCAACAGCAACAACACCAGCAGCAUCAUCAUAUUUAUGGAAAUAUUUCUGCGAACAGUAGUAUUGGCUAUCAAUCGUAUCAUAGCGCAAUAGGGUCACCACCGACACAUGACAAUAGAGUGGAGCCUCAGAAACAGGUUCAAUUUACACCUUACAUAGAUCCCGAUGUGGAAUCUAGCAAGCCGUAUAAAAUGCCAUCUGAAUUGCCUUAUAUUAAAUCACCGGGAAUGAAUCGAAGAGAUCUCAAGUACCUAGAAGGGGCUGAGGACAAAGAGAAUGCGAUUUCCGUCGACUAUAACGGUCCCCUAGAGGAUGAGGCUGGCCCCAAACAAUCUGAGCAGGACAAUUUAUACAUCGAUGAAAGCCUUGGUAUCACUCCUUUGACCAGUGAAAACGAAACUUGCUUCACACAAGCGUUCAACAACCAUUUAACAGCUUCAACGCCAAUCACCAACCAUUUUAGACACUCUUACAGAGGGAAGGAAACGCAACAGUUUCAGGAACAUGAUAUUCCUUCUCAAGGACCAACUGAAACUCGAAGCUGCGAAGGCGAGGAAAAUAAGUUGAGCGUCAUAAUGGAAUCUACUCGAGAGUACGUUUCAAGUUCCUCUGGAAGCAGUGGUGCUCACACGAGAACUCCUGGGCUAGGGUUCACUUUAACAAGGGAAGAUUUACUACCUAUAAAAGAGCAGUCGACUUCCCAAGAUAUGGAAUCAACAGAAUUCUUGCUUGCGGCUAAUCAAACUUAUGAACAGAAAAUGAGAGCUCAAAUUCAAGCAGUUCAUGCCCAGAGUCCGCGAACUGUACAGCGUAAUGUGGAUCAGAUAACGUCCGAGAUAAAGAACAGUUGCGAUCUUCGUAAGGCGAUUAGUUUUAAGCCUGAAAAAGAUGAUUCCAUGGAGUUUGAAGAACAUGAACCUAUGGAGGAGGUCGAGGAGGAAACAUUUGAACUUCCUACCGGGGAUAUUAACCCAUUCGACAAAGGCUUGAUAACUGGCUUGUUGAGGAAAAUUAAAUUCCCACAGCCACAUCAUGCAGUUGGGUAUACCAAAUUGGAUUCGAAUAUAAAUAAAUUUGUGCCUUCUACUAUGGUGACGCUUGGUACGGAAGCGUACGAUUUAGAAAAGUGCCUUGGAAAAGGAACCUACGGAACAGUUUAUAAAGGAAUAAACCUUCAAACUGGUCAGGCGGUUGCUUUGAAAACGCAAAAACCUGCCUGGGUUUGGGAGUAUUAUAUUGCUAGAGAAAUAAAGGCUCGCUUAACGAAUCCUCAUAUGCUUCGCGGAUUUAUGGACAUAACAACAGCUUACGUUGCGAAUAAUGCGAGCACUCUCGUUUCCGAAUUUUCAAAGUAUGGGACUCUCCUCGCCGUGGCAAAUCAGGUGAAAUUAGCUACUGGCAAACAACUGGGUGAGCCAUUAGCAAUAUUCUUUACAAUUGAAAUGCUGCAAAUAGUCGAAUAUUUGCACAAAUGUCAGAUCAUACACGGGGAUAUAAAACCGGACAAUUUUCUACUUAUGCAUCUACCUUCGGAUGACGUUAGACCGACUAUACAGCUAAUAGAUUUUGGCUGUAGUAUUGAUAUGAGUCUAUUUCCCGAAUCGACGAAAUUUACGCAUGUUAUUAAAACUGAAGAUUUCACAUGCAUCGAAAUGCAGACUGGAAAACCAUGGACUUAUCAAACCGAUCUGUAUUGCUUAGCCGCCUCGAGUCACUGCCUACUUUUCGGCAACUACAUGCGUGUAUCAAAUAAUAAUGGCCGAUGGUUCAUUAACUCGAAAAUACCAAGGUACGUCAAAAAGGCUGCAUGGGAAAGAUACUUCACUGAAUUAUUGAACAUUGAAUCUUGCGACAAGAUGCCUGACCUCACUGCGCUACGCAAUGUACUUGAAGAAACUUUGUCACAAGUAUCUGAUCUGCGAGCAUUUUUAAGAUCCUUCUCGAACACCCUAAACAAACGAUAACGCUUAUUAAAUCGAAUCCAUUGAUCAUUAUGCCCCCAAUUUCCCACCCCCUAGUAAAAGAAUUCAUUACUAUUAUUAUAAUUAUAAAAUUUGAAAUUAAUAUUGUGAUAUUUAUUAUUCCAUUAUUAUAAUAUUGUAUAUCUAUACAUAGUAGGGAAGGAAUGGAGAUUACUUGUUUUUCUUCUCUGUCUCUCUAUCUCUUCUCUCUCUCUCUUUCAUCUCUUUUCUCUCUUUUCUCUCUUAGUUUUCCGUGUUUGAUUUUUCGUAACGUAAUUUUAUCCGUAAUUUGUUCAAAAACCGAUUUGUACCUAUGAAACUAUCACAGAUCGAAUUAGGUGAAACAUCAACCAGGGCACUUAUUUAGUUUCUUUUUUCUCUCUAAAUUUGGAGUAGCAUUUUGCAACGUGGAGCCAUAGUAGUAGUAACUAAUGUAUUGCCAUUCGAAUCCACAAGUAUAUGAAAGUUUUGAUUGGGCUAGAUUUGCACAAACUUCUUGUUCUGUUUUCCGAAUCGAAUACUUUGAAUCGUAUUGUUAGUGUUUCAUUUUCUCCACCGUUUUUCUUUCUUCUAAUGUUUUACUUUGACCCCCGCAAUAGCGACCCAAAAAGUCUUGAUAAUGUAUACAUUAAUUGUAAG